AUGCCUAAUAGUAGAAUAGGUUCUCACGAUCUUGAGAUUGAAACUGGUCGACAUAGGAAAAUAGAAAGAGAAAAUAGAUUGUGUAGAAAAUGUAAUAAGAAUAUUAUAGAAGAUGAGUUCCAUUUUUUACUUUGUUGUGAAUUUUACUCGGAAUUAAGAAUGAUGAAUGGUCCAGAUAGUUUAUCAUGGGCGAGUGCACAGAUCCAUUGCCAGUGUUCAGUGAGUGAGAGCCGUGUAUUUCUCCCUCGCACAGAUCAACUCUCAACAGAGGAGGUGUCUACUUCAGGUUGUGACACGUCGUUUGUACCAAGUAAAGGAGAGCGAGGGAUGACAGUAUUGACAACCAAGCCAAAAAUCUUGUUCUGUGAUAUGAGGCUUGAUCCUGGACAAUCCAAAACUUGUAAGUCUUGCUAAAUCUUUCAUAACUUCUUAAAAUACAUUGAUU